AUGAAGGUCACUCCAGCCAGGUUUCGGUUUCAGUCCUCACCUGCCGUCACUUACCUGCCCCAACCUCACUCCACCUCUAGGCCGCUGGAUAGUUCUGGAGGAGCAACUGCCGACUCUCUGCCUGAAGAAGAUGUGGAAGAUUUUGAUUUCUUUAUACCUGAAGAAGAUGAGGUGACAGAAAUUGAAGACGAAGACAGGCAAGACCCAGAAGAUGAACAAUUUAGACUUACUUGCAAGGGAUGA